GUCGGUGGGGAAACUCAGUUGCAAUCCGCGGAAAUCAUCAACGGGACUAUUUUCCUUCACUUAGCUUAGCUCUCCAUCUGUCAAGCGCUAUCCUCACUAAGAAUUACAAUAGCUGUUACAAAACGCCACACCGGCGAUGUCGGAGUCUUACGAUUUCCUGUUUAAAUUCCUGGUGAUUGGGAAUGCUGGAACUGGCAAAUCAUGUUUGCUGCAUCAGUUUAUAGAGAAGAGAUUUAAGGAUGAAUCAAAUCAUACCAUUGGAGUAGAGUUUGGCUCUAAAAUCAUCAAUGUGGUCAACAAAAUUGUCAAACUGCAGAUUUGGGACACAGCUGGACAAGAAAGGUUCAGGUCAGUGACCAGAAGUUACUACAGAGGAGCAGCAGGGGCCCUGCUGGUCUAUGACAUCACCAGUCGUGAGACCUACAACGCUCUCACCACGUGGCUGAGUGAUGCCCGAAUGCUGGCCAGUCAGAACAUCGUCAUCAUUCUGUGUGGAAACAAGAAGGAUUUGGAUGCUGAUAGAGAGGUGACCUUCCUGGAGGCGUCACGCUUCGCUCAGGAGAACGAGCUGAUGUUCCUGGAGACCAGCGCUCUGACUGGGGAGAAUGUUGAAGAGGCUUUUGUGCAGUGCGCGCGCAAAAUUCUCAACAAGAUAGAAUCAGGGGAGUUGGAUCCAGAGAGGAUGGGAUCUGGCAUCCAGUACGGGGAUGCUGCACUGCGCCAGCUCCGUUCCCCCCGCCGCGCUCAGCCACAGGGCACCCAGGAGUGUGGCUGCUAGUAGUCUCACAGAGAAGUUACUGAAGACACCAACAGCCUGGUGGGACCUAAAACUCCUCUGGUGACUCCUUUACGCGGAACCUUUGUUUGCCAUGGCUGAACCAGCCAGGAACCCAAGAAGCCUUCCCAGCCGGCCACUCCCAUUAACAGAGCCCCUUGGUCACCGCACUGCGUCCAUUUUGCAGCGAACCCUCUCUACGCCUCUUGCCCUUGAGGUAGAACAACUGGCAUCUUUGUAACUGUGCCAGCUCACCUGUAAUUGGCACAUGACUCCUCUCUUGCUGUUUACAUCUCACUCCCAUUUCCACUGACCCAUACACCUGCACCUCCCUUCGUGGAAGCAUCUUCUACACUGUACAGUGAACCUGUAUAUAGAGCUUGACGCAUGUUUUCCUAAACUAUCAGAUGAUUUCAUUAUCAAGUUAUUCAUGCGUGCGUCAUUGUCCCAUGUAUUGUUAUCAUCAUAUCAAGCUAUGGUAUACACAAGCAGUAUGGAUGGACAGCCGAUUGUAUAUUUUGUAAAUGGUUGGCAUCGGGCGUAGAUGCACUCACUAAUGUACGAAAGAUACUUCUUAUCCUUCACUUUAUCUAACUGAUGUGUAGAUUAAAUACAGUACAUUACUCAAUCAUUAUUUAGCAUAAGCAACAUAUCUGACACUGUAGCAUGCUUCAUCCAUAGAAUUUCAACUAAGAUGUCCCUCACUUUCUGUGUUGCUUGAUUACAUGACACCUGACUUGACUGUUGCGUUGGGGUGGGGACAAUCAAAUGUAUUUUUCAUCAAUUGUUUGCAAAAUGGCUCACUGUCUGUUUGCCUGAGGUGUUUAAAUUUGCCCCCAAAGGUAUUUUUUGUUUUACUUUUCUUCUUAAGAUUUAAUUUGAAUUUAGCCAUGGCCUCUUAUAUUUUGAUAUACAUGCUAUUUGAUUAUCAGCAUUUUUUGUACAUUGUCCCUGUUAUGGAAACUGUAUAGCACACCAAGAAGAGAAUUACAAAUUAAGAGUAUUAUAUAAAUGUUGUCAAUCUGAUGGUGGCAUUGUCUGCUCAAUACCAGGUUUUCUUACAUUUGUGUCAUCGAUUAAUUUCCCGAAUUUAUAUUUUAUUCACGUUGCUUUUCUCUCAUUAGGAAUAUCAUGAAUUUUUAAUUUAUUGUGUAUGACAAAGCAUAUGUUUUUAAAAUAAAAAAGUACAAAUCUA